AUGUCAAAGAACGCAGCUUCAAUGGAGGCAGUCGUAAGAUUGAUGAAGAAACCAAGUAACAUCAGAAAUAUGUCAGUAAUAGCACACGUAGACCACGGUAAGAGUACACUAACAGAUACACUCGUAGUAAAGGCAGGCUCAUUAUCAGCAGAGAAGUCAGGAUCAAGAUUCACAGAUACAAGACAAGACGAACAAGAAAGAGGUAUUACGAUCAAGUCAACAGCAAUCUCAAUGCAGUUCAAACUAAAGAACCUCUCCUUCAACACUUUCAUGAAAGAGAAGACAGACGAGAACCACUUCCUAAUUAACCUAAUUGACUCACCAGGACACGUAGAUUUCUCAUCAGAAGUCACAGCAGCACUAAGAGUAACAGAUGGAGCACUAGUAGUAGUAGACUGCAUAGAAGGUAUCUGUGUCCAAACUGAAACUGUCCUUAGACAAGCAAUCAUUGAGAAGAUUAAACCAGUACUUUGCUUAAAUAAAAUAGACAGAGCACUACUAGAACUAAGAGAAGCACCAGCUGAAUUCGCUAAAUCACUCAGAAAUACAGUAGAAAGCUUCAAUGCUACAAUGUCUAAAUUCCUUAUGGAUGAAGAUAAGUCAUCAAAUAUAAGACAGUUAAACCCAGCUGACUUAGAAGUAUCCUUCUGCUCAGGACUACAAGGAUGGGGAUUUACACUAAGACAAUUCGCUGAGUUCUUUGCUGAGAAGUUCUCCAUGCAAGAUAAACCUGAGAUGAUAGAUGCAUUCCAAAAGUGUCUCUGGAAGAUAGACAGAUACUGUACAUCAGCUGACCCAUUUGACCCAGACUGUAAAGUACUCAAGAAGAAGAAGAAUGCACCAGACUGUGACCCAGCACUGCACCCUUUCGUUGUCUUUGUACUAACACCCAUAUACGCAGUACGUGAUCUGUGCUUUGCUGGGAAGAAACAAGAGAUAAGAGAGUACAUGAAGAGGUUUAAUGUCACAUUCGGAACAAAAGAACUUGAUGAGAUAACCUCUGAGAAGGCACUCUUUAAACACGUCAUGAGAAAGUGGCUGCCUGCAGCUGACUGCCUACUAGAACAAAUAGUCAUUAACCUACCAUCACCAAAUGAAUCACAAGUAUACAGGGCUGAGUCAUUAUAUGAAGGACCAAAGGAUGAUGAGUACUGUAAUGCCAUUAAGGCUACUGCCAGGGAAGAUGACUCUCCUGUUAUAAUGUACGUCUCAAAGAUGAUACCCCAGGGGUCUGGUAGAUUCAUUGCCUUUGGCCGUGUAUUCUCUGGUGUAAUCAGGGCAGGUAUGCCUCUGUACGUACAGGGACCUGACUAUGAGCCAGGUAAAGGUAAAGAACUUAAGGCAAAAGUAGUCACUAAGGUACUCCUUAUGAUGGGUAGGACAGUAGAGGAAGUUAAUUCAUGUCCUGCUGGUAAUAUAGUAGGUAUAUUAGGAGUAGACUCAGAGAUACAAAAGACUGCUACUCUAUCUAGUGGAAAGGGAUCCUUCAACAUAAAAACAAUGAAGUUCACUGUAUCUCCUGUUGUCAGGUACUCCAUCUUCCCUAAGAAUACUAGUGAUCUGCCUAAACUCAAGGAAGGACUCACUAAACUCGCACAGGUCGAUACCUUGUGCCAGGUGCAGUACAUGAAGUCUGGUGAGAUUGUCAUUGCUGGGGCUGGGGAAAUGCACGUGGAAAUAUGCAUAAAUGACCUGGAGAAAGACCAUGCUAAAGUACCCAUAGUACGUGGUGAACCACAAGUCUCCUACUUUGAAAGUAUCUCCAGCCAGGUCACCAGCAUAGCCAUGUCUAAGAGUGCUAAUAAGCAUAAUAAGGUAUACAUGGUCAUUGAGCCACUAGCUGAAGACGUAGUCACUGCGAUUAAAGAUGGUGAACUUAUUGCUAAUGACCCUAAGGUCCGUGUGGAAAUGUUCAAGAAUAAGUUUGGUAGUGCUGAUGACUGGGUUAAAAGAGUACUUUGCUACUGCCCUGAUGAUGUUGGUCCUAAUGUCAUUGUGGACUCAUCCAAAGGAGUACAGAACCUACAUGAAGUCAAGGAAUUCUUGAAGAUGGGACUGGAUGCAGCCGUUAAGGAAGGACCUGUCAUUGGAGAACCACUCCAGGGACUGAGACUGGACCUAAUGGACCUGACCCUGCACGCAGAUGCAAUCCACAGGGGUGCUGGUCAGUUGAUUCCCACCAUGAGCAGAUUGGCUGUUGGCUUAGUACUCUCUGCUACACCCAUCCUAUACGAACCUAUCUUCCUGGCAGAAAUAUCCCUACAGGAUAGCAUGAUUGAUGCAGCCAUGCAGGUUGUCAAGGGAAGAAGAGGUGAGAUUAUGGAUGCAAUCUACAACAACCACAAGUCCGUCUUGAAGGCAUACAUUCCCGUGCAAAGGUCAUUCAACUUGAAUAAGGAGCUUAUGGAGUCCACUGGGGGUGGUGCCAGCAUAAACUUAGUACUCUCCCACUACUCCAUUGUCCCUGGAUCCCUGGAUAAGGAGGGUACGCCCAUGUUCGAGAUCGUCAAGCAGAUCAGAGCAAAGAGAGGCCUGGGAGAACUCAAGGACCCAGCAGAGUACUUCUGCAAGGAAUAG